AUUGUCGAUAACUAUUAAUUUUGGUACUCCGAAGAAAAAUAUAAUAUCUCUUAAGGGUUUCCUGACGUCUUCUAUUGCUCUGUUAUUUAGGCUUUUUGUUACUGCGUAUUUUGUAAAUUUGUCCAAAGCUGUCAUUACUAUUUUUCCUUCUGUUAAAAAUAUAUCGAUAUGAACUGUGUGUCCUGGAUAUGUUGGUAAUGGAGUUUCUGCAAUUUUCGGUUGAUUGGGAUGUCUUUCGUACUUAUUUUCUUUACAAACGGUUGGCUAUUAUUCGUUUUAUUUUAUUUAGCAUACCGGGAAAAUAUUUUGUUUCGAGAAUUUGUGUUUUAUUUUCUGUGGCAUUCCUUCUUUUAAUAUGACGUUCUCCUGCUCUUGUUCGUCACUAAUAUCUUCAACUAGGUUUUGAGUAUAUCGGCUUUUAAUUCUACUAAAAUGAAUAGGAUAGAUAUUUUGCAUCAUACCCAUUAUCCUUUCUUCAGUAUGAAUUCCAUUUAUAACAGAUGGUAUAAGGUAUCGUUUCAUGUAUGAAAUCAAUAACUGUUCGUUGUACUCUGGCUCUGUAAUUAUAUGUCUAUGCACUGUUGGAAAAAUUAUUUUAAAUUGAUAUGAAGAUAUUUCGUCAAUCUUGAAAAAAAUUUGAUUUUUGAAAACAUUGAUUGGAACUUUUGUACAAGGCAUUAAAUUAUGACUUGAGCUUUCAUCGCUAUGAAUCGUAGGUGUGAGUGAAUUUAUUUGUAUUGGUAGGGGAAGGUGGGGAAUGUUAGGCCAGCGCGAUAUUUUUUUCCCUAGUAUAGGUUGACAGCUGCAACCAACUGUCAUCGGCUCGUCUCAUACUAAGCUCAGUUUCUAUAUAGCACUCGAGCUGUGAACACGUGUUAUAACCUCUCUGCGACAACAAAAAGAAAUUCGACACUCCGAAAGUUUUUUUCAACUCUGUGUACAGUUGAUUUUUUUCACAUUUUCCAAUAAAUUCAUCCAGGUAAAUAUGUUUAUAAUAUUAGUUGAGUCUUUAGCCUUCGACACACAAAAGAAAUUUUGCACGAAUUUACAUUGUGUUCAUUAUCAACCGCCAUUUUGCAAAUAUGAGCGUUUGGGGAAUCUCGGGCCACUUAUUACGAAUGUCGGGCCACAUAGUUUUUUACAUUUGACAUGUUAACUUCAUAUAUUUGACGUGUAUAAGUGAUUUUUCGUGCAGAAUUUCAACAACACAAUAGUUUUUCAACAUUUCCUGAUAGUUUCGUGCUCCGAAAAAUUUUUUUAGUCAUUAUGCCGCGUUACUAUCCCAAACAAGAGAAAAUUGUUGAUUUCGACAACAUUUUGGAGGCGAUCAAGUCGGUGAAAAUACAUCACAACAGCGUUCGACAAUCUGCGACGGCACACAAAAUUCCGAGGACCAACCUGAUGCGUUAUAUUGCAGCAUUUGAUGGUGCGAGCAUCGACGUUACUACUGCCAAUGCCGAUGUAAUGAAGAAUUUGCUGGCUGAAAGCACGACGAUGGGCACAAAAACAAUCUUCAACAUCGAACAAGAGAAGGCGCUGAUAAGCUACAUUCUCCAGGCCAGCGACAUCAACUAUGGAAUUAGUUUGAUGGAGCUUCGUAAGCUCGCGUAUGAAUUUGCUCGGAAAGUUGGCGCGUCGUAUCCGGAUCCAUGGAACGACAAUCAACAGGCGAGUAACGAUUGGCAGUUGGUGUUCAUGAAACGCCACAAAAAUUUGUCACUGCGAACACCAGAGCAAGUAAGCCAGAGCCGUGCGAAGCGAUUCAACAAAGAGAAUGUCGAUGCAUUCUUUGCCAACCUUUCAUCCGUUCUUGGUAAGACGCCGUUUGAACCUCACCGAAUAUGGAACAUGGAUGAAACCGGGUGCCCGACCGUGCCAACCAGACCUGUCAAAACCAUCGCGCGCAAAGGACAAAAGCAGGUCGGCUCAUCAACAUCUGCCGAAAAAGGCACCAAUGUGUCUUUGGCUUUGGCCGUCAGCGCUAGUGGCCAGUCUAUACCGCCAUUCUUCCUCUUUCCCCGAGUCAACAUGAAAGAGAUUUUUAUGACUCAUGCGAGUCAUGGCGCUGUUGGUGUUGCGAACGGUUCUGGUUACAUGAACUCUGACGUAUUCCCACAAUUCAUGCGUCAUUUCAUCAAGCACACUGGUGCUAAUGCCGAUUCGCCAACCAUGUUGCUGCUGGACAACCACGGUUCGCAUUUAUGGAUCGAGGCGAUAGAUUUGGCGUUGGAUCAUGGCAUCACGUUGCUGUCUUUUCCGCCGAAAUGGACGCACAAAAUGCAGCCGCUAGAUGUUGCGGUAUUUGCACCAUUUAAAGGCUUGAUGACCGUGAAGCAUGAUGCAUGGAAAAAGUCCAACAUUGGUGUCACUUUCGAUCUGCAUCAUGUGCCGCUCCUUGUCGAUCAGUGCCUCGAUGUUAUGUUAACGCCGAAAACCAUCAAAUCCGGCUUCCGAACAACUGGCAUCUAA